AUGGCUCAACAUAUGAAUGCUGCUGUAGAUGAAGACGCGGCGUUAUUGCAAUUUCCCAAAGAAUUUGAAAACGCUGAAACCUUGCUUAUUUCCGAAGUAAAUAUGUUGUUGAAAUUUCGCAAGAACCAAAAUGAAAGUGCGGAGGAAGAACAAGAAUUUUCUGAAGUCUUUAACAAAACUUUGACUUACACAGAACAGUGUUCCAAAUUCAAAAACAAAGAAACCAUUGUUGCUGUAAGGAACUUACUUGCCGGCAAGAAAUUACACAAGUUUGAACUGGCGUCAAUCGGUAACUUAUGCCCACAACUCGCCGAUGAAGCCAAAUCACUUAUACCCAGUUUGGAAGGUCGAUUUGAUGACGAUGAAUUACAACAAAUUCUGGAUGACAUACAAGCUAAAUUAAGUAUUCAGUAUUAA